AUGUCGGCGCUCAAGAAGCUGUCCGCAAACCUGUGCCCCCGCGGCUCCGGCUCGCUCCCUGACUCCGGGUCCGAUCCUGCGACCACGCCUUCGGCCACCGAGUCACCUACAUCCCCGGCGGCCAGCAUCGCCACCUCAUCCACCAGUGGAAAGGCCUACAAGCGCCUGCAACGACUCACCCAAUGCCCCACCAAGAAGUAUUCACCCAUCCGCAAACCCUCCGUCUCCGACGACUCUUUUGAAGCACUUGCUGGCACCGCGUCGGCCUGCCAGCUGUUUUGUAUGUUUGAGGCUAUUGCUACGGGAUGUGCGCGUGGCAAGGUCCAUCUCCCAGAUGACGAGGACGAGGACGACAUCACCGUCGACAUCCAAGUCGACAACGACGAUGAAGGGUCUGAAGUGCAGCAAGGGAUUGCGUUGGGCGAGGGUCCUCCUGACGAGUUCCACGACGCCAUUUCGUGCGCUCCAGACGACAAGGAGAGAGUGGAGACACCGAACCACGUCGCCGACUGGCUUCGGGCUGAGAGAGAGGACGCCGGCGCAAAGUUGACCGCGCUGUCAAUGAACACUCUCAAUUUGCCUUAUGCCGACUCGGGCUCGCGGCCCGGCGCCCUUAGACGCCCAUCGUACCGUCCCAACCACCUGUACGAGACGGACGAUGAGAGUAUCAGCACAGCUCCCACAAGCGAGACGCCAACAAGCUCGACUGAGCCGUCCACACCCACAACCAUGACCUCUGCGCCCGAUAAGGAGGUCGAGAUUAACCGGUUCAGCCGGAACGAGUACAACGAGGCCGAGAAGCUGCAGGCCAUCGUCGACGAGUUCGGCGACAUUGCCGAUAAGAUGGUCGACGCCGACGGCGUCAGUGAGCCCGAGCACAUCCUGGCUGAAAGCCAGGGCACCCUCUUCAAGGGCGUCAUGAUGAUCGGCAACCUGCACCUCACCACCCACCGGCUUCUCUUCCACGCACUGCUUCCGCCAGACUCGGCAUUCAUGGCCUCGAACGUGUCAGACCCGAUGGACGUCAGCGGCGCGCACUCCAACAUCAUCCGCGCAGGCCCUGUCACCGUCCACCACUCGAGCAUCUACAAGCCCAAGCAGCGAGUGUGGAUGGAGCUCUCACCGGAGAUGAUCACGACCUACCCGGCAGGCGAUGAGAAGAGCCGUGUGCGCCCGAUCUUUUCAAUUCUCCUCUCGACGGUGCUGCGCCUGGGUCCGCUCGACGACAAUCACCCCACCGACUUUGUCUUCGUGUACGACUCGACCAACGGCGAGCGUACAACCCACUUCAGCGUUGACAACGAAGAGAGCGCCAUCACAUGGCGCCGCUACUUUGAGAGCGCGCUGUUCCGGUACUCGCGCCAGCGUUUCCGUGAUUCACACCGCGACUCGCUGCAGGGCGUCAUGGGUCCGCUGGAUGUGCCAACUCCCGACGGCUGGAGCAUGAUCCGCUGCUGCGUGCCACUCGACCUGGCGACCGUCCGCGGCGUGAGCAAAUACCACUCGUUCGCGACCCUCGUCAGACUCAGCGUGCGCCUCGAUGACAACACGCACGUUACGCUGCUUCCCAUCGAGGACCCGGUUGGCAACGGUGUCGGAUUUGGCAAGUCCAACGACACGCCAGGCGAUUUCGAGGUUCCUCGCCGCGCAGUGACGGAGGAGAGAAUAUCGCGCCGCUCCCGCUUUCUUCCCUCCCUGUCGCGGUCGAGAGACUCGUCGCGCGAGAGGGGCACCCCGGAGAAGCGCAACUCGGGCCAGUUCUCGUCUCCCCUCCGCGCCGAGACCGUCUCAACCUCCACCACUGCUUCAGACGAGCCGUUCGGCCCUGGCGUCACGCGUGCCAGUACGUACCUAAGCGCGACGCCGCCGUCGCGCCUCGACUCUGCACCCUUGCAUGUCGAGGAAGAGACCAACAUGUUUGACUUUGUCCUUGGCGUGCUCAACGAGCAAGCGUGGUUUGUGCAGGUCGUCGAGCCGGCCAUCGAGGCUGCCCACCUGCGACGAUACAAGCCUGGCGUGACGCCGGCCAAGUUCACCAUCGACGUUGGCGGGUAUGACUGCCUGGCCAAGGACGACGACAUUGAGGCGCACCGUGACCGGCGCAACUCUGGAGGUUCGUCCGAGGGUAGCAGCAUGCCAGACGAGGACGAGGAGGCUGGACGUCCUUUCGCCCUCAUCGAAGCUCGCAAGCAAGAGAAGGCUCUCAUGGCCGCAAGAGUCUUUGGCCUCAGGGAGGACGAGGGUAUCUGGCUCAAACGCUGCUACAUCGGCAAGAUCAAGCCCGUUCGCGGUCACAUCAUCCUUUCCCCACGGUACGUUUGUUUCUGGCGGCGUGCCAACCUCGGCGCGGACAUCAAGUACCGCUUCGCUGUGCGGGAUGUCAAGGGUGCCGACGCCGUCCCGUCGGCUCGUAUCCGCAUGUACGCGCUCGAGCUACACAUCCAAGGAGCAGGUGACUUGCAUUUCGAGUUUUGGAAGAAGGAGUCUCGCGAUCUUGUCGUCGAGCGCAUCAACGAGCUCGUGCGUCAGCCGACCCCGCCUGGAAAUGGUGCCGAUACACCCAAGUCUGCCGACCUCCCCCCCGAAAACGCGUCUGCCUCGUCCGCAUCUGAGCCAUCAUCGGGGUUCCCGGUCACUGAGGGGCUGCAGAACCCUAUCCAGAUGUGGCAGCAGGUACGGGGGAUGCAGCUCGAGGACAAGGACUUUGACGUCAACCCAGAGCUCGUCGCCGAUGGCAAGGUCGGUACACUCACGAACGCAGCGCGGGUACUCGCCCCACCACCCGACAUCCUGCUGUACCCAAAGGCGGUGAGCGACGAGGAGCUGAGCUACAUGCCGUUCGUCGCCAACCGGCCCUGGCACGACCGCACGGGAUGGAACAUUCGCCUGACGCCGCGGCGGUUCACGAUGCUCACCAUCGGAAGCCGUGGCGAUGUACAGCCGUACAUUGCCCUCGCUCUGCGUCUGAUGGAGGACGGACACAAGUGUGUGAUUGUCACGCACGACGAGUUCAAGACCUGGAUCGAGAGCUACGGUAUCGAACACAGGCAGGCUGGUGGCGACCCUACGGCGCUCAUGAAGCUGAGCACGGACUACGCCAUGUUCUCACCGGGCUUCUUCAAGGAGGCUCUAGGCGGCUUCCGAAGCUGGCUCGAUGCGCUCCUCGUUGACAGCUGGGAGGCGUGUCAGGACGCCGAUGUACUCAUCGAGAGUCCGUCCGCCAUGGCCGGCGUGCACAUUGCCGAGGGGCUGGCCAAGAAGCACGGCAAGCCCGUGCCCUACUUCCGUGCAUUCACCAUGCCGUGGACGCGCACGAGCGCGUACCCGCAUGCGUUCAUGGUGCCGCAGAUUGAAAUGGGCCCGAGCUUCAACUACAGCACUUACGUGCUGUUCGACAAUAUCAUGUGGCGCGCGAGUUCGGGUCAGAUCAACCGCUGGCGCAAGAAGUACCUCAACCUCAAGAGUACCGACCAGGAGCACAUGAGUAUCAACAAGGUGCCGUUCUUGUACAACUUUUCGCCGGCCGUCGUGCCCAAGCCUCUGGACUGGGACGACGCUAUCUCGAUCACGGGAUACUGGAACCUCGAGAACAGCGACAUGGACUGGUCGCCUCCGGCGUCACUCGACGCGUUCAUGGCGCAGGCACGGGCUGACGGUAAACCGCUUGUCUAUAUCGGGUUCGGGAGUAUCAUCGUUCCCGACCCGGCAGCGGUGACGAAGAGUAUCGUCAAGGGCGUGGAGAAGGCUGGUGUCCGCGCGAUCAUCGCGAAAGGAUGGAGUGCGCGCGACGCGAAAGCCGACGUCGACGACGAGCCCCUUCCCCCUUCAUGCUACAGCGUCGACAAGGUCCCGCACGGCUGGCUCUUCCCGAAGAUCGACGCGGCGAUGCACCAUGGCGGCGCGGGCACCACGGGUGCAAGUCUACGCGCAGGCAUCCCCACCCUCAUUAAGCCGUGGUUUGGCGACCAGCACUUCUGGGCUCGACGGGUGACCAACCUCGGGGUUGGGGCCAAGGUAUCGUCUCUGCGCAGCGACGAUAUCGCCGACGCCUUCACCAAGACGAGUAACCGGAUCAUGAUUGAGAAGGCUGCGCGGAUCGGAGAGCGGAUCCGGGGGGAGAGCGGCGUGGAUGCUGCCGUACAGGCUAUCCACUAUAAUAUUAUUCGGGCGGCGCGGGAUAGGCGGAGACUCCGAAAGCAGGAUAACGCGCAUGCUGGUACCCGGACGCCUGUCGUCCCUCCCAAGCGCGGGAUGUCUAUGCCGGUGGGAGGAGCGCCUGGGUAG